CCAUGAUGCAUCUGCAUGUAUGCACUCGCUCGCUGCCAACAAUCAACUCAACACCACCACUCUUUUAUUUACUGCUUAUACUUCUUCCACUCUCUACUUAUUGCAUGUAGGCCACCAGGCCCUGGUGGUUUGCUCGUCGCUCCUUUAUCAUUCAAUAUUCUUACACCUGGAGUUCUCUCACCAUGAUACCUUCAACUUUGCGUUCUUAUUGCACAUUAUCCCACAUAUCCAUUCCAUACUCUCUAUCCCACCCUAUCCUCUUAUUGCCUAUCGCAAGCCGCAUCAAAUCUAUUAGACCUUUCGUUACUCAGCUAUUUACUCCCUCUGUCGCUCUCUCUCGUGGUCCUCGAUUGCUCUUCUUUCCUGCUUCGUUUCCAUCAUUACUUGUUUUCUUAUUAUAUUACACCUUGCGCUUACAAUCUUCAACAAUUUCUGUUUCUCUCUUUUCUUCUCGUUUACUCACAUCCUUCAUAGUUACUCGAUCUUUCUGCUUUCAAUAUUCCUGCAAUAUCGCAAAUUUUCUGCAUACACAAACAUAUUGUAUCAUCGCUUGGUAUCACUUGUGAUCAAUUAUUUGUUGAACGUUGAAGUAAAUCGCUGCUCUGUUGUCUGUCAAGUCAAUGUCCCCACACUUGCAGUUUUUCAUUCAACCAACAUACUACUACAGCUGAUUCCAAAAGUUUAGGACGAAACCUCACAUCGUUGGAGCACUGCUUGAUACAUGGCU